GUCGUGUCGUGAGCGUCGUGACCUUCCUGAUUUUAAUUCGAGCGUUUGGCGAUUAUAGGAUGGGUUUUGAUUGACCCUGCCGCUCUGAACGAAACUAACUUUUUUAGCUUUAACUCUACGAUUCGACAAUGCUAACGCUUCUAAGGUUCCAACUGAUCUGGUGUGGGUUGAUAAUUGCUGUUAAAUUAGAUCGUUUCGAGGGUGACAGCUGUAAUCUGGCGAAUGGCGUAAGCGUCGGAGUUUGUCGACUCGCCGGUGAAUGCAGCCAGUUGAAAAGUGUCCCGAAAAAGGAUUGGAUAACAUGUUCCUUCAUCGUUAACGAUCCGGUUGUGUGCUGCCCUGAAAGGGCGGAUUCAAAACUUACUCUAUCAGCAGCACCCCAAUCGAGGAUUUCUUCGAAAAGUGAACUCAAAUGUGCCACUUUCCCGGAAACACCACAAGCCGCGGACCACAUCACCGGAAGUGGCAGUACAGAAGCGAUGGCGGAUGAUUUUCCUCAUAUAGCUGCUUUGGGCUAUUCAGUGCAAACCAAUCGAGAAUCACUGUUUCGCUGUGGCGCAAGUUUGAUAUCGCAUCAGUACCUGUUGUCGGCUGCCCAUUGUCUCUAUCCGGAACAACCUAUCUUCGCCCGUCUCGGUGUAUCGAACUUAUUUAAUUACAGUUCGAACGACCCACCGGUGGACGUAGGCAUCGAAAGUGUGUUCAUUCAUCCCAACUAUUCAUCUAAACCAUUGAUGAAUGACAUCGCUUUGCUGAAGCUAAACCGGACCAUAACGGAACCGUUUCUGAUCCCCGCCUGUUUGUUCGCCAACCUGACGGAUCCGGCGCCGAAUGUCAAUCUGUCGAUCGCCGGCUGGGGCAGUACGGAUCCGAACGACUUCGAGAUGUCUUCGGUGUUGCGGAAAGCAAACGUAACCACGCUGGACCGAGCGGUGUGCAACGGCACUCUGUCGCGGGAUAAAUCCCGACGCAGUACGGGCCAACUGCAGACCACCCAACUGUGCGCUCUGGGGAGAAAUGAAGACAACGAAACGACGGGAGAUACCUGCGUUGGUGAUUCGGGCGGACCGUUGGAACUGGCGCACGCCCGGCGACGUUACAUCGUGGGUGUAACGUCCAACGGGAAACUGUGCGGCUCAAGCUGGCCCGGUGUCUACAGCCGGGUGGCGUACUAUUUGGACUGGAUCGAGUCGGUCGUCUGGCAGGACGGCUGAGCACCCCGGUCCCAGUCAGUGGCAAGUGAAAUAGUUCAGCAAUCGAAGUGAUAGUCGCUCCUUA